CCUGACCUCCAUAACCUUUUCUCUACUCGCUGGGUUCAUCUUAGUUCAUCACUGUGCCUGAUAGAGGUGGAGAUUGACACAGCGAUGGCAAGGCUCUUAUCGUUUCCCUGGGCGCAAAGUGCCCUUCUUUUCUUGUUCUGUGCUCGGAUUAGUUUGGCGUGUAUUAUGAACGUCCCGAUGAAGAUUACGAGUGGAGUCCCAUUCCAAGUGUCCUGGGCGGCCUGUGAGACACCCGUCACGGUCAAGGUUUGGGAUCAAAAUAACAAUCUCUUGAAGAAUGCUAUAGUCUCCGGGUCCAGUUUCACAUACACUGUCACUACUAGUGCAGUGUCCUUCUCUGUGACAGAUGCAACUGGGCUCGAAGUGACAACUAUCCCACUUGUAGUCAACCCGAAUCCACUAACUUCGCACUCGGUUAGCUCGGUUAGCAUCUAAACUUUGGCGAAGAGUCCGAUGGAGUUUACAUCGUUAGACUUUCUUUUCGCUUUCAAUAGUCUGUGAGCAGUCAUACGACGUCAUCGGAUGACACAACGACGACGGCGAGCACAAGCUCAUCGCCUACAUCCACAAACU